UGGCCCAUUACAUAUUCACAAAAACUUCAAUAAUAAAAAGGCCAUUUCCAUCCUCCUCUUUGGCAUAGGUCUACUCUUUGUGGGGUUACUCUCCCUUUCAUUAUUCUGUGUUCUACAAAAGUCUUCAAGACCCCACUUCACUUUCAAUCUUGUCUUCUUGCAAAUACAGAGAGAGGGACCCUCAAGAAACUUCGGUGGUGGGUUUUGUCUUACAUCAAGUAACGCUGCUUAGGGCUUCUUCUUUCGAUUAAAGUUGACUUUCUUUGAUACAAGCUAUAAUAAUGGACAAAGAUCAUGACAUUCACAACUAUUCGGCACCCAUGCCCCCAACCCCAAGCUUCAACACACUAGACUACUCUCUUGAUCAUAAUCACCACCACCACCAUCUCAUGCAGUUUCGCCAAGGCGAAUCUUCUGGAGAACACAGCAACGGGAUAGCCGAUUACAUCCCUCAGCAACAGCAACAACUGCCGCCAGCACCGCCGCCAUCGUGUUUUUAUAAUGCAAACUCUUCUUCCUUUGAUAAGCUCAGUUUCGCGGAUGUGAUGCAGUUUGCAGAUUUCGGACCAAAGUUAGCCUUAAACCAAGGCAAGCCCUGCGAAGAACCGGGGAUUGACCCGGUCUACUUUCUCAAGUUCCCGGUCUUAAAUGAUAAGAUGGAUGAACACAAUAUCAUGAUGAUGAAUCACGAAAGCGACGGUGGUGGUGGCAGAGAAGAAGUAGAAACAGAAGCAGAAAACAAUAAUGACGAGAGGUUCAACAACGGGGAAGAGGAAGAUGCUGCCAUGGGUGGAGCAGAUCAAGAAGAUGGAAGGAUGAAAGGAGAAGAAGAAACUGCACGCAUUUCCGAAGACAACAACUCAGUGCAGAUUCGGUUCCUUGGCCAUGGUGAAGAUCUGGUGCUGAACCAGAAGAGGAACAACAAUUCAUCGGCGUUGAUGCAGGAGAACAACAAGAACAUGAAGAGGAAGAGGCCGAGAACCGUUAAGACAAGUGAAGAAGUUGAGAGCCAGCGCAUGACUCACAUCGCUGUUGAAAGGAACCGAAGGAAGCAAAUGAAUGAGCAUCUUCGUGUCCUUAGAUCCCUCAUGCCUGGUUCAUACGUUCAAAGGGGUGAUCAAGCAUCGAUAAUUGGAGGAGCUAUAGAGUUUGUGAGAGAAUUGGAGCAACUGCUUCAGUGCUUGGAAUCACAAAAGAGAAGAAGGCUACUUGGAGAAGCACAAACAAGACAGGUGGGGGAUUCGAAUCUCGGAACACAACAGCAGCAGCCUCUUCAACCGCCUUUCUAUCCGCCAUUGGCAUCGCCAAGCGAGCAGAUGAAGCUGGUGGAGUUGGAGACCGGACUCCGCGAAGAAACCGCAGAGAGCAAGUCUUGCUUGGCUGAUGUUGAAGUGAAGCUUCUGGGAUUCGACGCCAUGAUCAAGAUCCUUUCCAGGAGGAGGCCAGGCCAGUUGAUCAAAACUAUUGCUGCACUUGAAGAUCUUCAGUUAAUUAUCCUUCACACCAACAUUACCACCAUCGAACAGACAGUACUUUAUUCUUUCAAUGUCAAGGUUGCUAGUGAGUCAAGGUUCACCGCAGAUGAUAUAGCCGGCUCCGUUCAACAGAUAUUCAGUUUCAUCCAUGCAAACACCAGCAUAUAA